AAAGAGAGAAAAGAAAGUGAAAUUGAACACCGCAAUUGCUUUUUCAACUUGGCUUACUACAUAAAAAAAAAAUAUAGCCUAGAGGAAGUUGGCCAACGGUUAACUUCCAUCCAAACUUCGUGAUUCCUUGGAAUCAAAGCAAAUUAAGUUAAGCAGUUGAUUCUUGGUCACCUUCUGAGACACAACCUUACCUUCCUGACAUAUCCUUCACACCCUUCUUCCCCAUCCUUCUAUAUACUCUUCAUCAGCUCUAUCUCUUCUUCAUAUUCAGCUCCAUCCAUGAUGCUUACCUAGACUUUAUCACAUCUUAAGCUUUCUGUGCAGUGUGUGAUUGUUGAAAGGUUUGUGUUCUUGAAGCUUUGGUUUCUUUUGCUAGGAGUUUAAGUUGGUGCAGACCCAGAAAAGGAUCCUUCAAUCAAGGUACUUUAUCCAUCCAAUAAGUACCCAAAUGGGGUGCUUCAAUUUCAAGUUUUCAUGAUGUAAAGCUACCCUUUUUGUGGACUCAAAGAAAUAAAGUAGCUGAAUUCAAUUCGAAGGCAAUCUCAUAAGAAUUACAGAAGACUUGAUCGCUGAUACUAGUCUUUCAAAUUUGGACAAAUUCUGAACAUAUAGAAGCAAAAGGGGUGUCCUUUGUUCACGUGUUGGGAAUUUGUAAGAUUGAUUUAAUUCCAAAGAGAACAUUUCCAAUGAAUUCUAGGUGCUUCCUUCCACCAGAGUCCUUGUUUAACUCAAGUAGUAUGGUUUCAUUUUCUUCAAAUUCUGCAGCAGGAGAAGAUAGAGUGGCUAGUGCUCCAAGUAGGCCUCCACGUGCCUCCCCACCUUCGUUUUUGGUUCGGAUGGCCAUGAGAAUAUCUAGAGCAAGAUGGUUUACCUUCUUGAGAAGAGUAUUUCAUUACCAAAAUGGAUCAAGGUCCAGUCUUGGCUCUAAUCCUUUCAAUUCUAGCAAUUGGAUGAUGCUGGAAUUUAUUGCUUUGAUGGUUCAAAUAACCAUUACAACAUUCACUUUAGCCAUUUCAAAGAGGGAGAGACCCAUUUGGCCUAUGAGGAUAUGGAUAGCUGGUUAUGAUAUUGGUUGUGCUCUUAAUCUGCUGCUACUUUAUGGGCGCUACCGUCAAAUUUAUCUGACUCAAAGAGAUGCUCUUAACCUUUCUGAUAUGGAACAACAGAGAAAUAAUGAAGAAACUAGUGUAUACAGGACGUCGCACUUGAUGAAUAAAUGCCGAACUUCACUUGAGCUUUUCUUCGCCAUAUGGUUUGUGAUGGGCAAUGUUUGGAUUUUUGACUCACGUUUUGGAUCUUUUCAUCAAGCUCCAAAACUCCAUGUGCUUUGCAUCACCCUGCUUGCUUGGAAUGCAAUCUGCUACUCUUUCCCUUUCCUACUGUUUCUGUUGUUAUGCUGUUGUGUGCCACUAAUUAGCAGCCUCCUCGGGUACAACAUGAACAUGGCCUUUUCUGAUAGAGGAGCAUCUGAUGAUCAAAUUUCACAACUUCCAAAUUGGAGACAUAAAGAAGCUCAUACCAAGUUAGAGCUUGGCAAUGACUCUAAAGGCAGUGAGAAAUCGAUCAAUGAAGAUUCAGAAUGUUGCAUUUGCUUAGCCAAGUACAAAGACAAAGAAGAAGUGAGACAAUUGCCCUGUUCCCAUAUGUUCCACUUAAAAUGUGUGGAUCAAUGGCUCAAAAUUAUGUCCUCCUGCCCUCUUUGCAAACAAGGUUUAGAAAGGGAGAAAUAGCUGAGACAACAUUCAAGAGGAUUAAUUUUAUUUGGUCAUAUGUAUACUCUUGAAAUUACCCUCAAAGUUUUUUUUUUUUUUUUUUUUAACUUUGGUCUAUUACAUGGGUUACUUGAGUGAGGGUGUACAUGUACAGAAUAGCUCACCAGUGACCAAAACUACAUUAAAUACUUGGUUCUAAGGAGUGGACCCUAUAACUGUUCAAAUUAGUGGAUUGCCUAUGCAUGAUUUAUCUUUUACUAUCAUCUAUAUAUUGUGAGAUAAGCAUCU